AAGUAGGGAAAGCACAUAAUAAUAUCAUCAUUUUACCCAAAAGGAAACAAAAAGGAGAAAACUACACUUAUUUCAUUUGAUAAAGAGACUUCUCUUUCCUUCUCUAUAUUUUUUCACUUCCCUCUUCUUCCUCCUCCUCCUUCUUCUUCUUCUCUCUUUGGGAGAAUAUCUAAAUAAAAGAGAGCAAAAGAAUUAAAGAGAAGAGCUACAAAAAAUAGCUAUGAAAAACGCCAUUAGAUGUUGUAUAGCUUGUAUUCUACCUUGUGGGGCACUUGAUGUAAUUCGAAUAGUUCAUACAAAUGGUAAAGUUGAAGAAAUAAGUGGAAAUCAUGUAAAAGCAGCUGAAAUCAUGAAACAUCAUCCAAAACAUGUUUUAAAAAAACCAUCUUCAUCUUCUUCUUCUUCUUCUUCGUCUUCUUCUUCUUCAGAUGAAGGAUCAAUCUGUCCGAAAAUUGUCAUCGUCCCUCCUGAUGCUGAGCUUCAACGUGGGAAGAUCUAUUUCCUCAUGCCAAUGCCACCUUCUUCUUCUUCUUCUUCGUCAUCUGCACCCAAGAAAUCGAAGAAUCGGUCUCGGACACCGACGAGGAAGAAAAAGAUGAGGUCAUCUUCGUCAGAAGAUCGCGAAAAUGGAUACAAUGCUAACUUACUAGUUUCUGAUCAGUACUUGAGUGAUAUUUUAUUGGAGAAGGUGUCAACACAAAGAGAUCGAAGGAGAGGAAGAGUUGGAGUAUGGAGACCUCAUCUAGAAAGCAUUUAUGAGACUCCAAGUGAAUCAUGAUUUAUUAUUUUACUCUUUGUGAGAAAUGUUAAAAAUUUACCACUUUAUUAUACGUCAUAUCAUAAUUUUACCAUCCGUUAUACUUUGGAGUCUCCUUGCCAUUAGCAAAUGGUUUGAUAUUUGUCUUAGUGUUUAUCGAUGCUUCAAUAUGACUUUAGUGAAUUUCACCUGUCAAAAUA